AUGAUCACAGCAGCUCAGUGCAGUCACCGGGACCUCAAACCAGAGAACCUCCUACUGGACGAGAAAAGCAACAUCCGGGUGGCAGACUUCGGCAUGGCGUCACUACAGGUGGAAGGCUCAAUGCUGGAGACCAGCUGCGGAUCCCCUCAUUACGCAUGCCCGGAAGUGAUAAGGGGUGAGAAGUAUGACGGUCGGAAGGCAGAUGUCUGGAGCUGUGGUGUGAUCCUGUACGCCCUUCUCGUGGGCGCUCUUCCAUUCGACGACGACAAUUUGAGGCAGCUGCUGGAAAAGGUCAAAAAAGGCGUAUUUCACAUUCCGCACUUUGUUCCCAUGGACUGUCAGAAUCUACUGAGAGGCAUGAUAGAGGUGGACUCCGAGAAAAGAUUAACGCUGGAAGAAGUGAUGCGACACGGCUGGGUGCUAGUGGGCUCUAAACAGGACCUAGAGGCCGAGUUACCCAUGAUGCAAAUUGUUCAGACGUCCAUCAUUCCGUCAGUAGAAGACCUGGACCCCGAUGUUCUCUCCACAAUGAACUCUUUACAGUGUUUCAAAGACAAGGAAAAGUUAGUCUCAGAGCUUCUCAAUGCAAAACACAACACAGAGAAAGUUGUUUACUUCCUGUUGCUAGACCGGAAGUUGAGGAACCCGAGUGUGGAAGACGACCUUGAGAUACGUCAUCGGUCGGAAUCAGCCGACCCUCCCAGAAAAAGAGUGGACGCUGUACAGUUUAGUGGACAGGCCAGGUAUGACCACUGUUUUUGUUUUGUUGGUGGUUUUGUUUGGUUUUGUGGUGUUGUUUUUGUUUGUUUUUGUGGUUUUGUUACACCUAAAGGCCACUCAUUUUCCCUGACAAUUGUGGUUUUCUCCUCCCCCCUGUCCAGCCCAAAGCUUCCUCGAGCCGGCCGGGCCACGCCCUCCCACAGCCCCUCGGCCACGCCCCCCGGCUCCCCCUCCAUUCAGAGCAGCAGCACGCCCUGGAAGUCACGCCUACACACCAUCAAGAACAGCUUCCUCGGCUCGCCUCGCUUCCACAGGCGGAAAAUGCAAGUGCCAACAUCGGAUGAAAUAACUAUGACUCCUGAAUCUUCCCCUGAAUUGGCCAAGAGGUCGUGGUUCGGAGGUCUGAUGGGCAUGGAACAAGAGCACCACUUCGUCAUGGUGCGGGAGAAGAGUUUCUCACAGGUCAAGGCCGAUCUGGUGCACGCCUUCCUGUCUACGUGCGACCUGAGCCACUGCGUGGUUUCCACGACGACCUUCAGAGGGGAGUACCGGCGGGGCGGGGGCUCCUCCAUGUUUUCUCGCAACGUGCGCUUUCAAGUGGACAUCAGCCCGGCUCCUGGUGAGCGGGACACGGCGUCUGCCACCACCUUCUGCUUGACCUUCACACUUGUCUCAGGUCCAUCCCGACGGUUCCGCCGCGUCUGCGAACAUUUGCAGACUCUCAUGUCGUCACCCAGGGGGGAGAACCACCGGAAGAUCAGCACAGACAGCACCGUGUCCUACUGCUCCGAGCUUGUCCCGGCGUCCUACUGUUCUUCCGCAAAGGAAAAUGGAGAUGCAGACAAUCACGACAGAGAGCGGAAACCUCCUCUACCGCCUCGGAACCGAGACAUGGCCAAACCUCCGAGCAGAAAAGCUCUCGCGGAGAACCUGAACAGAGACAAAGUUUGACAACACGCAGAUUUCCCUACUUCACUCGUACACUCAGAUGUGCCCGGCGCGCUGCGGCGGUGACCGGGGAGAGGGCCACGCCUAGUCGCGACAGCUCUUUCUGCUCUCUUCAACGUCAGGGAAGAGAAAGGGGAGGGAAUCUCCUCUCGCCCCACCCCCACCCCCACCCCCACGCGAGCAUUAGAUCCCACUAUUUGUUUCUGUGACAAGGAACAACUUAUCCUGUGAGGAGGUAGCAAGGUGAAUAUUUGCUCAUGUUUUCGUGUUGAUGAAGAGGAAUUCCCCCAUUUGAAUUUACCCUUUAUGCAACAAAGAAUGUACAUCAUUUGAAGGAGAUUCCAGAUUGCUGUGUGUUAGUUUAUUAUCCAUAUGAAAAUUAUUGUAUGAUAUUGUACGAGAAGUGAAAGUGAUGAGUGGAGUGUAUGAAGUAGGAGUUUCAAUGUUACGUGUGCUUCUUGCGUGGAGACCUUCAGGAUUGUCAAACAAUCAUAAGAUACAUAACUACACAAACAUCUCUUUCAAAUUGUCUGUAAAUUUGAGCUUUAUGGAAAAAGUUACAGAUAAUUUGAAUGAAAGACAAGCUUCUCCAGAGCUUUGAAAAAUAGGGAACUGCUUUAAAGUGUCCAAAGAAAUAUUUGGUUGAGUUGAAGCGAGAUGUUGUGUAUAACUUGCGAAAGAUUUUUUGGCAAUCUUGAAUGAACAACUGUUUUUGAAAAGUUGUAUAUAUAGACAUGUGUGAAGGGUCCGGUGGACAAAUGGAAAUAUCGUCAGAAACUGAAAAUCGUAAGCGUAUCAUCAAUUUUUGUUUUUGUAAAGUGUUUUACGGCGCUCGCAACUGCAUAGGUCAUAUGAGCGCGUGCGACACA